UUCCCACUUCUCCAUUAGCAAAAUCAGUCUCAAACACCUAUUUUUAAUCACCCAAAUUACGAACAGAUGAUAAUGUUUCUUCCAAUAGAUACUGUGGAAACACCAACAAUACAAACGACAUAUAUCUAGUUUGUCCUUUUAGUUUACUUAUCAAUACAACUCUAUCUUCCAACUGUCAUACUACACUAUUCCAAAGAGUAUUCCUAAAAGAAAAUUCACGUUUUGUUUGUCUUUUUGAUUGUAUUUUUCUGCAUGAAACCGAUGGAUGUCAUUCAUUUGAAUCGUUUAGUAGAUAGCUAGCAGAAGCCUCGGUGAGACUUGGAGUUGGGAUUUAGAAGCUUUUUCAGAAGAAAAUAAAUUCUAAUGUAUGUGGUGGAGAAAUAAAUUGAUAUCCCCAUGCUCCCGAUGACAUCUUCUUCAAUCUAGCUAGCUUCUCUUGUUAACCAUUAGUCUUGUUUACCUCCUUUUUUUUUUGUUAGGAAUAACAUCAACUCGUUUCUUAUUGAAACAAUGAUAGAGCUUAGGAUUUCGGACAAACUAUGUCACUUAUUAGGGAUAGUACCCUCACGUUAUUGUUCGAAGAUAAUAGGAUCGGCAUUAGUUUUUGGUUUUGGUUGCAUUGUCGGAGCAUCAAUACUUGUUGUCACAGCUACUAUUUUCAUGUUCCCUUCUAUAUCUUCAUCGCAAAUGAAUCCUAUGCUUCAAAAUGAUCUUAAUCUGUAUUAUCAUCAAAGUUCUUCUCCCCAUUGUUCACAGUACUCUUCAAGUAAAAUCCCUGCUCCUCUUGCUGCAUCCCCAUCCCCAUCUCCAUCUACUCUACCUCCUCCUCCCUUGUUUCCACCAUUUCCUCUUCGAGGAUCUCCUCCAACAGCUCCUCCUCCUCCUCGUGAAUCUCCAUCAUUUCCACCAUUUCCAGGAUCUCCUCCUCCAAUACCUCCUCCUCGUGAAUCUCCAUCUCCUCUACCUUCUCCUUCUAAUACUCCAUCUCUUCCACCAGCACUGCCUCCUCCGGGAUCUCCCCCACUUUCUCUUCGGAAUAUAUUUGAAAACUCCACUGAUGACAAUCAAACAGGAAGUACUUACACGGUAAACAGCCAUUACAACUCAAGUGUUUUAUCCAUCAAUGAUCCUCCAGAAUUUAGAAACUCAGGAGAUACAAAAGUUAAUUUAUUAAGUACAGUUGUCUCAACAUUUUCAAGUGAUAGUAGUAAUGUUUCAUCUGGUGAUGAUAGCGAGUCUUUUGAUGGUGAUUGUGAUAUUUAUGAUGGUGAAUGGGUGAGGGACGUCAAUCGGGAACCAUAUUAUGCCCUUGGUUCUUGUCCAUACAUCGAAAAACAACCUUUCGAUUGUUACCUUAACGGAAAACGUGACAAUGAUUACCUGAAGUGGCAAUGGCAGUGGAAAUCUCAACCAACAAAUAUAAGGUGUAAUAAGAAUAUCCCCAGCGUUUUUGAUGGAACAGAUUUCUUGGAGAGAUUGAGAGGGAAAAAGUUGGUAUUUUCAGGAGACUCGUUGAAUAGAAACAUGUUUGAAUCUCUCGUUUGUAUGCUUUGGAAUGUCGUUCCAGAUAAGACUAAAGUUGUGAGGCCGUCUAUGCAAUCAGAGUACAAGACAAGAGGAGAUUUAUCACUAAUCUUCGAGGACUACAACUGUACCAUAGCAUAUGUUUGGUCUGCGUUUCUUGUUAAUGAAACAAAUUCGAAGACUCGGAGAAGUCGAGAACGUGAAUUGAAACCAGAACGAGAAACUUUAAGAUUAGACCAGAUUGAUGGGUUGGCAGCAUCCGUGUAUCAAGAUGCCGAUGUGGUAGUUUUUGACUCGUAUCAUUGGUGGGUUGACGGGAAAACUAAUAAUGGAGUUAACUAUUUUCAAGAAGGCGAUUACUUAUACCCGAAACUGGAUAUAAAUAGAGCAUACAGAAGAGCUCUUAUGAGUUGGAGAAGAUGGAUUGACAACAACAUUGAUUCCACCAAAACACAAGUUGUUUUCAGAGGAUUUUCGCUUAGUCAUUACGAAGGAGGGAAAUGGAAUACUGGUGGAAAAUGCAAUCUAGAAACAGAGCCGAUAACUAAUAAAGAAAAAUACAUAAACCCAUCCGCAUUGCAGGUGAAAAUACUAGAAGACACUCUUCGAAAAAUGAAGACUCCAGUAAUAUAUAUGAAUGUUAGUAAACUCACUUACUACCGGUCCGACGCACAUCCUUCACUGUAUGGAAAAAAUUAUACUAGUCAAGAAAGAAGUGGAGCUAUGCUUAUCCAAGAUUGUAGUCAUUGGUGUUUACCAGGUGUACCUGAUACAUGGAAUGAGUUGUUGUAUGUUUCUCUACUCAAGGCUGGUAAAGGAUCUUUCGGUGGCCGAUAGCAGGCAACUGAGCUUCUGUACCAAACUGAAAUAACAUGAAGCUUUAUAAAUAAAUAUAUAGUUCUAACUAU